UGAGAUAUUAUAGGAAAGUAACGACAGAAAGCUCCACCAAUUAGAGGCAGGGAUGCCGAUCAGGUGACUAAUUCUUCGCCGCCAUCAUUGUUAGUGGCAGUGAAGCUUGUGUGGAGGGUGACAAGAAGCACCAGCGGAGCUUCGUGGAGUUCUGGUCCGGCUGUGAGUGAGUGUUGUCUGGAUAUUCAGCCAUGGUUCAGACGUGCUCAGCGUACGGCUGUAAGAACCGCUACCACAAAGACAAAGAGAUUUCUUUCCACAAGUUUCCUCUGGCCCGUCCAGAUAUCUGCUGUAAAUGGGUGGCUGCGAUGAGGAGAAACAACUUCAAGCCAACAAAGUACAGCAACAUCUGCUCCCAGCACUUCACCGAAGACUCCUUCAAGAGGGAGUGCAACAACCGUGUGCUGAAGGAGAGCGCUGUGCCGUCGCUGUUCACCUUCAACCUCAGCAUCAAGCAGUCAGAGUCCCUGGAGGAUCCCUUCCCAUCUGAGAACCUCUUCCCGCUUUCUCUGCCUCUGACCUCUGAACCAGCGGAGGAGGAGGAGCCUGAGAGCAACCCGCUUGACACCUGCAGCGUCGCGAUGACAACGACCUCAACGACGACGGCGGUCUCCUGCGACCACAACUACACGGUAGAGGACUCGGCGCAGCAGAAGAGGCGCAUCGAGCUGCUGGAGGAGCAGGUGGAACAUCUGAGGAAGAAGCUGAAGACGACGCAGCAGAAGUGUCGGCGGCAGGAGAGGCAGCUCAAGAGGCUGAAGACCGCCCGGGAGGCGGCACCCAGGAUGGCCCGUCAGUCGGCGCCGGAGCCGGGCUUCAGUGAAGGAUAUGUGAUUUUGCCGAAACACAUCUACCACAGUUUGAAAGGCAUGGAGUGAGGCGGAGUGGAGAAGUUUCAUCUGCUGCUGAACUGAAGGACACAAAUAUUCACACAUCUUUCUGUUUUUGUCUUUGUUUUCUAGAGCUCGGGCUGCACUUAAAUGACUUUUUAAAGCUUUAAGUUUUGGUUUGGUUUCAAGAGCCAACAGCUCUUCAUACUUGAUGCACACAGACUGAUGGUUCUUGUCACUCUGAGGAAAACAAAGCACAGUUAUGCCCCCCCCCCUCUCAGAAAAAAAAAAAGAAAACUGUUGAACUAUUCCUUUAAAGAGUGCUUUUUAUGUUCUGUCACAUAUACGAGGUGUUACCACGUAAGCUGAGGUGAGAUCGUCAUCUCUGGAUUUUCUGGAAUUUCUCUAGGAGGAUCAUCCCAGUGAGGAGAGCUGGGUCUGCAGCCACAACUGAGCAGUUUUCAUCUGAAGUGCCCACGGUGUCGAAGCUCAAAGGUGAGAGCCGAGGCCGUUAUGAACCAUGAUGUUCAGAGGCAUCUGAGGUAGAUCGUUAGGAGAAUCGAUCUGAGCCUUUAGGUUUUGAGUUUUGCAAAUGAAAGAGGAAAAAAAGUUGGUAAACCAAAUUCAUCAGGAAAAUAAACCCUUUUUUUGUACUCUUUGAUCUGUAUGAUGUCAUAGAGAGAUGAUAUCCUGAUAUGGUCCUGUUGGGCACAGAAGCAAUACCCAGCUAAUCAGAAAGAAAGACGGCUCAAAGUUGGAGAGGCUAAAACGCCUCAUUUCAGACAGAGGAUGAACUGAAAACCCGGUAUCAAAAAAAAGAGAUUAUUUUGAACUGUGACUCAUGCAAAGCUGCUCUGAGAGUUUAUGAAUUAAAAACACAAUGCUGGAAAUGUGCUGGAUAGAUCCCCAUUAAACAUUCUGCUGUUUAAUAUGGAAAUACAAUUUGACAGUAUGAAAUUAACUCACUUGAGCUUCUCUGCUUUUGUUUUCAGAGUUUUGUUUUUUACUUAAAGGCUGAUUGAAGUACAUUUGCUGCAAAAGCAGCUUUACAUUUUUCAGUGUUUCUUGAGAUGCAAAAACACUGCUUGUUACUGCUGAUGUGCAAUAAACUGAAGCCAUACGAGCAGCUUCUUUGGCUCUUUGUGCUUCCUUCACUGAGGAGGUCAUGUGACUGGUUUUGCAUGAAAUUAGCAGAAGUGAAGCUCGGCCGUUGUUGUGUCAUCACCAAUGAAAUUAAAGUGAAUAAAAGAAAAACCAGCAGAGAUCGUCUUCAUGUUCCCAUGAAAAUAUCAGAAAAUGAAACGGAUCCAAAUCUCCUCCUAGAUCCAGGGACUCGGUUCAUGUUUGGUGUGGAGGGAUUUUCCACCUUUGUAGAUGUUUGCAGUCAUUCCCAUGAUGGAAGACUACAAGAUCCAAACCCAGAAUGUGGUGUUCCUGAUGUUUGAAAGUCCUACUUUUUUUUUUCCAACAUGGAAGACUAUCUUUACAUUGUUACUGUGGGAGAUUUUAUUUUCUCCCCUGCCCCUGCUUAGCUCGGCGGGUCAGCCCAGCAGACAGCAGGAUUGUCCCGACAGCCGUCUUAAUGUCUUGCAGUACAAAAAAAUCAAACAUAGAAACUACAAAACAAACAAAUUCAAGCAUCCUUUUUAAUAAUUAGAAAGUGAUUUUGACCCAGAAUGGAUCAGCCUGGUGGGUAAAAUGGAAACCUUUCAUAUGCUCAAAUUUGUUUUGAGCAGUCACCUGUUCCACACUGAGAUACGAACCAUCAAAGUUUAGCAAAGAGUGUUAUUUUGAAGUUUUCUCCAGUGAAUCAGAUCUGCAAAUGUGUACACUUGUAGCUGGAAGCUCACACACAUGUCAAGGGUGUGAAUAUCAUGGACUUUUAAUGAUUUCUUUAAAUUGUUCAUUUUUCAGGCUGGAAUGAUCAUGCAGCAUACAUUGUUAAUGAUUAAAAAAAAACUUCAAUAAAUUGGAACCGCCAAUUAAAAUUUCAGCUAGAUUGGAUGAAAUUUCUGUGUCCACUAGGUGGCAACACAAGUGUGACCUAAUACUGCCACGUAGAUUUCUCCAGACUGGACAAUGUACAGCUGAGAUACACAAUAUCCUGUCUUGUGGCGAAUAUUCGAAAGUUGGCAUGCUGCCACGACCGCGCCCUUUAACAUAAACUCAAAAGCGUUGCAAUUUAACAUCACCAAAGAUCACACUCACUAAAGAUCAUGUUGCUCUGAUGAAAUCCCUGUAGAAAAAUAAAACCUGACAUUUUCUGUUGCCACUAGGUGGCGCUUUAACUAUUGCUGACAAUGGGCAUACCAGGGUGAGACUCUCAUCCUGCCUGUGAAGUUUGGGAGAGACUGGAAAACAUGUCUUUGAGUUACAUCAAUUUGGUGCCUUGUGGGGAAACAUUAAAAUUCACUGCGGCUUUUGACAAAAACUGACAGUUUUCAAAGCACCCAAAGACCAACUCCUUAAGCCUGUCCUGGACAAAUUUGAGGUUGCCUGAGUCAGCCACCUUGAAACUGUAGCCCAAAGUGAAGCCCAAAGGUUAAAACGUGACAUUUCAUCUGUUCCCACUAGGUGGUGCCGUCACUAUUUUAAAAUAUUACAAUUGAAAUGUGUUCAGGGGCAGAGCUUUAUCACAUCUGAGAAGUUUGGUCCAGGUUUGGAGCUCAGGCCCUGACCUAAACUUUUAAACUCAAUUAUUCUUUCUGAAUAUUUGAGCCAUUGUUUAUGGACAGAGAUGUUACACAAUUUUUUAAAGUGUAACUUUCCAGGUUUGUGACCCCAAAGAUUUAUAUUCAUACUCAAAAUUAUAUUGACUUAAAACUAAAACUCUUUCUGUAAUUUGAGUGAUGAUGCAUUCAAGCAAAAAAUAAAAUAAAGGUAACUUUUUUUGUUACAAUUAAGUAAUUAGCAUAAAAUUAUUAUGACUAAACUUAGACUUUCAAGACUGCUGAGUUUUAAAUUCCUAAAAUCAUUGGUCAGUACCAAUACAACAUUCAACUUUUAUUGUGUCCUAUAAUAAUAAUAAUAAUAAUAAUAAUAAUAAUAAUAAUAAUAAAAAC